AUGAAACCCUCUCAACCCAAGAUUGGCCUAGUUGGCGCUGGCCCUGCCUCUCUAACCCUCGCCAACAUCCUUCAGAAGCACUCCAUCCCCUUCAUCAUCUUCGAGUCCGCGUCAGAACUCCGCACGCAAGGCGGCUCCCUGGACCUCCACCCAGAAUCCGGUCAGCUCGCCAUCAAAGAAGCAGGGCUUUGGGAACCGUUCGCCAAACAUGCACGUCCAGAGAGCGACUGCAUGAAGGUUGUGACUUUGGACGGAGAGGUACUCUGGGAUGAGAAUGGCGCUGACAAGCAAGACAUCAAAGAAGAUGAGAAGUUUGAGGGAAGGCCUGAGAUCGAUCGAAUGGCGUUGGCGACGCUGAUGUUCGAGAACCUGAAGGAGGGGUCCGUACAAUUCGACAAGAAGUUGAAAGAAGUUGUGCCCUCUGCUGAAGGAAAGGGGAAAUACGAUCUGCACUUCUCAGACGACACGAAAGAGUCCGGAUUCGAUCUUGUUGUCGGGGGAGAUGGCGCAUGGUCCAAGGUUCGCAAACUUCUCACCGACCAAAUGCCACAGUACUCAGGUAUAGCUUCUAUCGCAGUGAGCUGCAAAGACAUUAAGGCCGAUCCCUGGCUGCUUGACUACGUCGGCUCGGGCUCGAUGUUCGCUUUUGGGGAGGGUUGCGCGGUGCAGUCCCAACGGCAAGGUGACGGUAGCCUAGGGACAUACGCCAGCGUGCAUGCACCAGAGGAUUUUCUGCGGACGUGUGGCAUCGAUUGGGACAACAAAGCGACGGCGCGCAACACUUUUGUCGACCGCUACCUCUCUCAUAUCCACGAUGACCUCAAGCGUGUUAUCAUGUCCUCUGAUGAAGACAGUCUCAUUCCUCGCAAUCUGUACGAGCUGCCGGUUGGAUUCCGCUGGCCAUCUCGCCCAGGCGUUACCCUUAUCGGCGACGCUGCGCAUGUCUUCACGCCGUUUGCUGGACUAGGAGUUAACACGGGCAUGAAAGACGCACUGGUAUUGGGGAGGGAGAUUGUCAAAGUGUGCCGUGGAGAGAAAUCUCUGGAUGCUGCUGUGAAGGAGUACGAAGAGGAAAUGUUUCCACGGUCCACAAAGGCGGCAGUCAAAACGGUAAAGGGGAAAGAGGGGCAUUUCAGUCGAGAUGGAGCUAAGCAUUUUGCCGAUAUGAUCAAAUCGAAGUACUACAGGCAGGAUGAGGUCGUUGCGAAGUAG